AUGUCAGCAUAUGCGUUGGCUCGCCUGCAUUUCUCCUCUGGAGCUUGCAACGACACUUCAGUCAUUGGCCUCAUCAAGAAUAAUGAUGAGUCUGCAUACAGGCAGGAAGUCGAACAGCUGGCCCUGUGGUGCGGUCGAAACAACCUAGAGCUGAACACGCUCAAAACCGUGGAGAUGACAGUGGACUUCAGGAGGAGCCCCCCAGCACUGCACCCCCUCAUCACACUCAACAAUACAGUGUUGGCUGUGGAAUCGUUCAGGUUUCUGGGAUCCACAAUCUCCCGGGACCUGAAGUGGGAACCCAACAUAAGUAAAAUCAUCAAAAAGGCCCUGCAGAGGUUGUACUUCCUGCGCCAGCUGAGGAAGCUCAACCUGCCUCAGGAGCUGCUGAUCCUGUUUUACACAGCUGUCAUUGAGUCUGUUCUCUGCACAUCACUAACUGUCUGGUUCGGAUCGGCCACCGAAUUGGAUAAGAGCAGACUUCAACGGACAAUCAGGACUGCAGAAAAGAUCAUCGGUGCCAACCUGCCCACCAUCCAGGACCUGUACACCUCCAGAGUCAGGAAACGGGCAGGAAAGAUCACUGCAGACCUCUCACAUCCUGGGCACAACCUGUUCCAUCUCCUCCCCUCUGGGAGGCGCUACAGGUCUCUGUUGACCAAAACCUCCAGACUCCGGGGUUGUGAACUCUCAGAGACUCACUGUGAAGUUGUGGCCUCAGCUCUGAAGUCAGACCCCUCACAUCUGAGAGAACUGGAUCUGAGUCACAACAAGCUGCAGGAUUCAGGAGUGAAGCUGCUGUGUUCUGGACUGGAGAGUCCAAACUGUCGACUGGAGACUCUGAGGUUGGAUCAGUGCAGUCUGUCAGAGAUCAGCUGUUCUUCUCUGGCUUCAGCUCUGAGGUCAAACCCCUCUCAUCUGAAAACACUGGAUCUGAGAGACAACAACAAGCUGAAGGACUCAGCAGUGACGGAGCUGUGUGGUUUUCUACAGAGUCCAACCUGUCGACUGGAGAGACUGUGGUUGGAGAGCUGCAGUCUGUCAGAGAUCAGCUGUUCUUCUCUGGCUUCAGCUCUGAGGUCAAACCCCUCUCAUCUGAGAGAACUGCAUCUGAGUGACAACAACCUGCAGGACUCAGCAGUGAAGGAGCUGUGUGGUUUUCUACAGAGUCCAACCUGUCGACUGGAGACUCUGAGGUUGAGGGACUGCAGACUCUCAGAGAUCAGCUGUUCUUCUCUGGCUUCAGCUCUGAGGUCAAACCCCUCUCAUCUGAAAACACUGUAUCUGAGUGACAACAACCUGCAGGACUCAGCAGUGAAGGAGCUGUGUGGUUUUCUACAGAGUCCAACCUGUCGACUGGAG